CCGGCGCUCGGUGGUGCGAGGCCCUGCGCUUGCGCGGUGGGCAUCGCGGGGAGGAGCUGAGGGAAAGGGUUUGGUGGGCGCGCAAGAUGCUGGGUGCGGCAGAGCGCGCAGAAGUGGGGCCCACGGGUGCCCAGCUUCACAGGUAUUCAAAGAAGCCCUUUUAUCCAGAUGUGUUUAGCAAUGAUAUGGAUCAGUCUGGAGUUCUCCUCUGGGUAAAAGCAGAACCCUUUAUAGUGGGUGCCUUGCCAAUUCCCCCGCCCUCCAAGUUCAGUCUGCACUAUCUCAAGAAGAUAGCCACCUAUGUGCGAACCCGAGCUACCGAAAGAGCUUACCCACGUUUGUCCUGGUCUACGUGGAGGCAUAUUGCUUGUGGGAAGCUGCAGUUGACCAAGGAUAUAGCAUGGCUUUACUUCGAAAUAUUUGAUAGUCUUUCGAUGAAGUCGCCAGAGGAGCGCCUAGAGUGGUCUGAGGUUCUGUCUAACUGCGUAUCUGAGGAUGAAAUUGAAAAGCAGAGAAAUCAGCUCUCAGUGGACACACUACAGUUUCUGCUGUUCUUAUACAUACAGCAGUUGAACAAGGUCUCCCUGAGGACAUCUUUGAUUGGAGAAGAGUGGCCUAGUGCCAGGAACAGACCCCAGUCUCCUGACCUGUCUGAAAAGUCCAACUGCCACAAUAAGAACUGGAAUGAUUACAGUCACCAGGCUUUUGUCUGCGACCAUCUGUCAGAUCUCCUUGAGCUGCUUUUAGACCCAGAACAACUCAGUGCAUCAUUUCACUCGACCCAUAGUAGUUUAGUCUCUCGAGAAGCCGUUGUGGCACUCAGCUUUCUCAUUGAAGGCACAGUGAGUGGAGCCAGGAAGAUCUAUCCGCUACAUGAACUUGCAAUGUGGCAGCCACUGCACGCAGACAGCGGCUUCUCAAAGAUCUCUAAGACUUUCUCUGUCUACAAGCUGGAAUCCUGGUUGAGAGCCCGUUUGACUGGGAAUCCGUUUGGUACAUCUGCUUGCCUGAAGUCGGGAAAGAAAUUGGCUUGGGCUCACCAAGUUGAAGGUACGACCAAAAGGGCCCGGGUUGCUUGUAACACUCCCGCGGCCCCUAGAACGCACCGCCUGGUGGUGAUGAGCCAGGUGUGCAGGCAGACGCUGGCCAAAAGCUCGGACACUCUGGCGGGGGCGCACGUCAGGAUCCAUCGCUGCAACGAGUCUUUUAUAUACCUGCUCUCUCCCCUGCGAUCUGUGACAAUUGAGAAGUGCAGGAAUAGCAUCUUUGUCCUGGGUCCUGUAGAGACCGCUCUUCACCUCCACUCCUGCGACAGUGUUAAAGUUAUUGCCGUUUGCCAUCGUUUGUCUGUCUCUUCUACAGCAAGCUGCACCUUUCACAUCCUGACCCCCGUGCGCCCGCUCAUCCUGUCUGGGAACCAGAGUGUAACUUUUGCUCCUUUCCAUACCCAUUACCCGAUGCUAGAGGACCACAUGGCCAGGGCAGGCCUCGCCACGGUGCCUAACUAUUGGGAUAAUCCGAUGGUCAUCUGCAGAGAGAGCAGUGACUCACAUGUCUUCCAGCUCUUACCCCCAUCUGAAUUCUAUGUAUUUAUCAUUCCUUUUGAAAUGGAAGGGGACACAACAGAGAUACCUGGGGGCCUGCCACCCGCGUAUCAGAAAGCGCUGAGUCAAAGAGAGCAAAAGAUCCAGGUCUGGCAGAAAACUGUGAAGGAAGCUCAUUUGACAAAGGAUCAAAGGAAACAGUUCCAGGUACUUGUGGAGAACAAGUUCUAUGAAUGGUUGGUUAAUACAGGGCAUCGCCAGCAGCUGGACAGUCUCGUACCCCCUGCAGGAGGCUCCAAACAAGCAGCAGGGUAGGGCUCCUACAGCAGAUCAACGGGUCCUGGACACACAGGGAUGCUUGGAGGAGGGAGCCCAUUGAAAACUAAAUUGGGAAGACACUUUCACUGCUUAAGGGACUUGGGAACUUUCUCUCUUGUAAAAGACUUCUUGAUUUCCAUUCCAUGCUUACUACUGUUUACGUUGGAUUUAAGCUAAACUUCUUGCUUUUAUGUAAACAAAUGGUUUAUAUACCAGAAGGCUCAUGUUUGUGAGGCAAAAGUGAAAGUGGAUGAAGGCAUCCCCAUUUUACAUGUGUAUAUUUAUGUAUGCUAAUACUUAAAUAUUUAUAGCUGGAUGUGGUGGCACCUGCCUGUAAUCCCAGCACUUGGAAGGCUGAGGCAGGAGAAUCACAGUGAAUUCAAGGACAGCCUGAGACAGACCCUGUCUCAGAAACAAACCCCCAAAAGAUUGUAGAUUUGUAAGUAUAUGUCAUAUUUUAAUAUGUCUGAUGAAAGGUUUCAUUCUUUCUAGAGUUGAAGAGUUUUAUAGUUCUUUGUAACUAUUUAAAAAGAAAUUUCUACUCCUCUUAAGAAAUAAUUAAAAUAAAAGUAUGAUUUUUUGAUGCAUAAAUGUAGCAGAAAUAGUUUUAUAUAAGAGUGUAUUUGUCCUUAAGCUACAAAACUUAAAUGAAUUUGCAUAAAAAUUUAUGGUUUUCAUUUUCUGAUUCAAAUUUCCAGUAAGCCAACUCAAAAAAGAUGAAGCUUUACUUUUAACCAAGGGAAGGAGUCUGCUGUCGCUCUGUGACAAACUUUACUGAAGUAACGUUGAUAUUUGAUUAGGAAAGCUGUAUUUGUUAGGAUAAGGGAAACCAAUUUCAAAUUGGUAAAUUAAGUCUGAUUGUUAAUAAAUGUUUCAUAUGAUUGCUAGCCAUCUAAUUAGUAGUUUUAUAAAAGACUUAAUUUAUAAAAUGAAAAUUAAUCUAUAGAAUGUUAAUUCUAAUUGAAAUUUUAGAGUUUGUAUUUUAAGAUAAGUUUAAGCCAGCAGAGUAUUACCAAAUAAAAGAACACUGGAGUAACAGAAGUGUGUUCUAGAAAUUGUUUGUUAAUGAAAUCAAUAAUACUAAUCAGAUACUUUCUUAAAAAUUGUGAGAUUCAGAAAACUACACAUGUAACUUCACGUGUAUCUGUCAGUAAUCUGUAUGGCAAGGCAUACUGGCCAUUUUCUGAACUGACUGUAGUACGUCCUUUUUGUUUGUUUGUUUUUGUUUUUACUGUGAUACAUAUUGAAGCCAUCCCAUUUAUAAAAAUACUUUCUGGACAGUUUCGUUAGCCCAAAGAUGAGAUAAGUUGGGCUUUGGAUAAGAAUCAAUAGACCAGAAAAAUAAAAAUGGAGAAUAUUGUUUCUUUGA